GCAGUAAGCCAAAGUCGAGGCCGCAGGGAUGAGAGGAUGAUAGUCGUUCUGUCGAAAAUCCUCUGCGAGAUCAGGCCAAAGGCACGACAAUCUUGAAUACGUCAGCGCUGCAAGAGAACAGAUGGUGCUAGCACAUAGCGGUCGCGGCACGAGCAACCCGGUUCAUGUCAUAUGCAGCGAUGGUAUCAAGCUCUACACACCCAUACUUGCUGAAUAGCACUGAGUCACAACCGCCCCUCCCCUGCUGCUCGGAGCCAAUCUCCAGUACAAAGUACUACGUAGGGUGGACGUUGUGGGGACCUGUCGUGAUGUAUCACAAAUCCAUCGAGAGCACUAAAUCCCGCCAGCUCGUGGAAGAGUGCACCGUCGGGACCACAGCCCGAAUCGUCAUUCGUGGCCGUCACGAAGUGGGUAUGAGGCAUGGCAUUUGGGGGAAGAGGGUAGAAGAGAAGAAGUCCGUGCAGGAUCGCAGCCACUCAAUCUCUCUAUCGCGCUUAAGAGGCUGCUGCACAGGCGACGGAAGUUCCAGACCCAACCCGAAAGCAGUUGGUAUUCCAAGGAUCACGAAGAUCAUAUCACUUCAGGCGGCCAUAGUUGGCACAGUUACAAGCGCACAACGGAUGAUGAUUCGAGGUUGGAGAAGGGGGCACGGUAGGAGCAGCGUCUGAACGCAGAGGGGUCCGGGCAAAUCAGGACCACGGAGAAAGGGUUCGAAACGGAAGAGAGAGAGAGAGAGAGGGG